AUGCUUGAAGAAGCAUUUGGCGAUUUCGUCAUCGACGACGAUGAUGUUGAAGAGAAAGAGAGAGAACAGCUGAAAUUUAUAAAAGCAGAUGAGUAUAAGGCCUUCAUUCAAAAUGAAGGAUGGUUUCUCGACUCCAACCAAGUUGAUGAAGAUAACUUCAAAGCGACUUAUUUCUAUUCACAAGGACUUUUCAAAAAAGCUUAUGAAUGUUUUUUGCUGGAUUUCCAAACAAGAAAACAUAAUAGAAUCCAUCUGAUAGCACUGUACGACUCAAUUCUUCGAUGUUAUGCCAAUGACCCCACAAUCCAAUGUGACGUUCAGAAAUAUCUGGACUUGUAUGAAAACUUAAUUCACAACUACAGUGAUCAAUUGCAAUUUUGGGAAACUUCAAUGAAAGUCGUGAGAAAUAUUGAAGAGCCAUGGGCGACAAGCCUUUAUUUACGUCAUCUCUCCAUGUUAUGCUCAACCGUCGAUCUCCCUGAGUACUGGCUAGCUUUCGCUCAAUGUCCGGGUUUGGACGCUGGCCCCCAUUUCAAAUUAGGAUAUUUAACGAAAGCUCGACUACUUCUAGAGGAUCAAUUACAACAUACACAUGGUUCCACAAAAGAAAAAUUUCUUCAAAAAUUGGAGAAAAUAAAAGAUUCGAUAAGUGAAUAUGAUCCACAGGAAGUUGAAGAAGCUGUUCGACAUAUGGAUUUCUCUAUGAGCCGACGUCACAAAGAUACUUCUGAUGAUUUAUCAUUGCCAGUUUACAAGUGCAGAUCAGAGCAAACAGCUUUACGGUCAAAGGAAGAUGUAGAGAAAUUAACUAAUCAGUUUCGUCAACAGUACGAAUGGAUGUUUGAAAAUAUGUGA